AUGCCCGAAUCCCCCACCUCCGCUCGGCUCACCAAAGUCCUAUCCCUCCUCUCCGAAGCCCAUUCGACCGACCCCUGCUCAGAAUCUUCCACCUACCAUUCCACCCUCUCCUCCUACGUCACUCGCCUCUGCCGCGACGCCGGUAACGAAGAACCCAGUGAAGCGCUCGUGAUCGCUGCGAAUGCGCAACAUGUCAGGAGGUGGGAGAAGCCGAGGAAUGAGUACCCGAUGGGUUUGUCCGGUUAUAAGAUGUGGAGAGUGAGUGCGCUGCGGUGCGGGAGGGGUGAGCGGUCGUGGAUGGGGUGGGGUGGGUUUGCCCGAGGAUGGCACGUGACUUGGCUUCUCUUCUGGCACUUGCUGCUCUAUCCAAGCUUGAGCGUAGAACCGACCCCGGCCCGCAGUUGUUCGGGCUAGAACUGCACCAAACUUUACCCUACAACUUCAAGAACUAACUCGAAUAUUACGCCCUCUCUCCUCUCAGACGAACCUCAACAGAUUUCACUCCCAAGUCGCACGUGAGCUCAUGCUCCAAGCCGGCUAUUCCGAAACUUCCGAUGCCGAGCUCUUCCAACGCGUCGAUGAGUUGUUGCUCAAGAAGACGUUGGCGAGACCGCCUUUCAAAUAUCCUCUUAAAGGUGAGAGCUGUUGCAUGUCUUAAUGCAAGAUCAUCCGGCCCUUGACUUACGACCAGUCGCACCUUCACCUCUUCUACAAGAUCCCGAAAUGCACCUCUUCGAAGAUGCGAUCUGCCUCACGUUCCUCUCCACGCAAUUCGUCCAAUUCUCGGACCAACUCGACGACCCUUCCAAAAUGGUGGGCAUCGUUGCAAAAACCUGGGCCAAGAUGUCCACCUUGGGGAGAAAGGUCGCGGCGGAGGAAUUGGUCGGCACGCUGCCGUACGAGCUGAAGAAGGUCGUUCAGGAGGCGUUGGAAGGGACGGGCUGA